UGAUGAUGAUGAUGACGACUAUGACAAUGAUGGCAAUAGUAAUACACUUGAAUCUAAUCUUGUCAUCUUCCUCCAGUGAAGGAAAGAAUGGCCUUCGAGCUUACUACUGGAGCACGUUUUGGGUCCCACAAGAUGUUGUCCUUUCUAUCAAAAAUACAUCUUUGUUGAAGCAAAAGCAAAUCAUUAGUAAAAGGACACCUCCAGCCACUAAUACUACUGCUGAUACGCUUAUUUUAGAAGACAAUUUUGAUAAUGUUACCUUGGAGCUUUUUGUUUCAGACUCUGUGGAUUAUGAUGUGACACAGAAAUCAGCAGUGGCCUUUGACCUCUAUGCAAAGCCUGGUAAUAAUAGGACAUUAACACUGAUGAAUCCUAAGAAAUCUUUUUAUCAGUGGAGGCUGCGGGUUCCGUCAGACUAUGUUGUGAGGCUGGUCAUUGUUACCUGGCAUGGGGUGCCUCCAGGGAGCUGUGCCUCUCACAGGUUGUCUGCGUAUGAUUUCCUUCUCCCUCUCCAGAACAAGAUCAUCACAAGGUGGUGUGGAAUAUCUGGAGCAUGGACUCCCCCAGUUAUACGUGUAACUUCAUCAAGUAAUGUCAUGUUGGUCACGUUCUCUCUGGAUCGAAGAAAAGAGAGCAAUAUAUUGAGAGCAUACUUCCAAGCAGUUCCUAAAAUUGCAUGUGGAGGCUGGUACAGUUCUUGGAAUGGGACAGUAAUUUCUCCUUAUUAUCCAAGUUACUAUCCUCCAAAUAUUGACUGCCACUGGAUAAUCAGGGCACCACUACCAGGAUAUCGAUUGCUAUUGAAAAUUCUUGUAAUACAAGUGCAAGAACAAUCUCCAGGAUCCAAAAAAUGUGACAGAGACUGGCUGGAAAUUGAUGGACUUAGAUAUUGCAAGCCUAUCAUGGAAAGCAAUAGGGUCAAGGAAUAUGGCAAUUCAGUUGCAAUCAGCUUCCAUUCAGAUGAACUGGUCACAAACAAGGGUUUUUAUAUUGAAUUCAGAGCAUUCAGCCACACAGACUCUUGUCCUAUGCAAUUUAAAUGUUCAGACAGAACAUGCAUCCCUUUAAAUAGUAAAUGUGAUGGGUGGAAAGACUGCACAGAUGGAAGUGAUGAGGUAGACUGUGCAUAUGGAAGUUGUUCACAGCAUGCUUAUGAAUGUCUAAAUGGAAAGUGUCCCAUUAAGCCAAACCCAGAAUGUGAUGGCAUACGUGACUGUGCCGAUGGAUCUGAUGAAAUGAACUGUGGUAUGUAA